CUACCACCGACGCGUCAACUAAAGCUCCCCACGCGCUCAGCCUUAUCUUGAACAUGGCGCCCCAAAGGAAACGCGAAAAUCGGGAGAACAACUUCUACAAUGUUGGUGUGCAGGGCAGAAAGACUGGCAUCACACUCGAAGAGCGGGAGCGCGACGAAUAUGGCCUGGAAGCCAUUUCGGGCAUGUUCUCCUCGCCGGAGAAGUCACCGCCUAAGCGCGUAGAGAUUGCGACCGGCUCAGAGUCGAUGGAUAUACAAGAGAGCUCCAUUCCCGACCUUACGACAUCCAAGCAGAUACUGCGCAACAACCGUACACUCCUUCCUCCCCCACGGGCGCGUUCGCCCAUGAAGACCACCCUUGGGUCUUCGCCGCGCCGGCAAUCUUCCAUGGCCCCGAGAGCCAGCUCCGUUGGCCUGUCCAGCCCAGUGCGCGCUACGUCGCAUUCAGCAGUCGCCAGGCGUUUGGAUUUCGAGCAGGACGAAUCGAGCUUGCAGGAGACGCCAGCAUUGAGUGGCUCGGGCCAGCGCCGUAACAGACCUUCGGAUAUCUACGCCAUAGAGCAAUCGCCCACACACUCCCUGCCAGAAGAGAGCCUGCUUCAGGAGGAGAUCGCUGCAAACGAGGCCGCCGCCGACACUGACGAUGCUACCGUAGAGAGCUUCUUUGCGCAAAUCGGAGACGAGACAAUCACCGGAACAGAGGCGGAGGUGGAGGUUUCUCCAGAGAUUGAAGAAGAGGUGGAAGUUGUGCCAACACCUGUCAAACAACCAGCUAAGAGGGGAAGGAAGCGGAAGAGCGAUGCCUUGGAGCCCGCGACAGUAGAGGAACCACAGUCAGCAAAGUCGCGCAAACGAGGAGCCAACCCCGCACAGGUUACAGAACCUCAAAAGAAGAGCAAGAAGACUGCACCUGCGCCAGCUGAGAAACCCCGUCGCUCCAAGCGCACAUCUGACAUAACGGAGCUUGAGCAAAGCAAUCUGGACGAUUCCACCAUCGCUGUCGAAGAUGCGUCCGAGCAGGUUGAGGAGCCGCCUGUCGCGCCAAAACGCCGAGGACGACCUCCGAAGGCCAAGCCUGCAGCAGUGGUGGAGAAGGAGAAGAAAAAGGAGAUUGUUGCGCCAGCAAAGGUCAACAAGAACGCCUCUUCGAGUGAAAAGGAGAAUCCGGUAUUCAAGAAGCCUGCAAAGCCUACAGCGAAACCCAAAAGCAAGCCAGAUGCGCAAACCACUGAGAAAGCACCACAAGCAGCUGGUAUUGAACCGGGCAAAGCUGUGGAUGCGUAUGGCAAUCCUCUCAGCAAGGCAGAUAUCGACCGAAUGUCCACUGCCUCCACUGGUUCGCGAUACGGUCGGGGACGCCACCUCUCAGUCUACCGUGAAAUGGAUCCGGAGGCAGUUGCGAGAGUCGGACGAACAGGCAGACAUCGCGUCAACCCUAUCGAUUUCUGGAAAAACGACCGAAUCACGUACAACACCGACGGUAGCAUGGCAUCUAUUGUGAAAGCGCCAGAUGCGGAACCCGGGCACAAGACCUACAAGAGCACUACCAAGAAGGGCAAAAAGCGCAUGCUCACAGCAGUUGAAGAGGAAGAGAUUGAGCUCGAUGCAUGGGAGGCUGGUGAGGGCAUUUUGACCGGCAACUACAAAGGCUUUGACCGUACUACGAACUUUGCUUCGAAGGAGGUUAUGACAGAUAGAGCAAUCGCCUGGGCUCCGAAGGGCAUUGACCCAGUCGAGGCAGGAGACGGCACGUUCAAAUACGCCAAGAUCGGUCAAUGCAAAUUCGAGGGAUCCAAAGCAGAUUUCCUGAGUUGGGGCGUUCUCGAAAUCCCAGUCGGCCAGAUGAAGCGCUCAAAGAACUCACGGAAGAUGCACAUGGUUUUCAACGUGCAAUCCGGCACAGUAGAAGCCAAGGUCGACGAGAACGAGUUCACCGUUCACAAGAGUGGUGUAUGGCAAGUUCCUCGAGGAAAUAUCUACAGCAUCAAGAACAUCGGCAGUGGGACCGCUCGUGUCUUCUUCGCACAGGCUUGCGAGGACCCGGAAUGAACCCGUCGAUGUGUCUUUCUUCGGGUCCCGGUCGCUAUUUUUACUCCCGCCUGCCCAUCCAUCCCUGAACCAAGCGCAUGUUUGGUUCGGUUCCUUCCUUCUUUUUUUCCCGGCGUGCAAGCCAGGUGGCGCUUACUUGACGACAAUGACCACAACGUUGCAGAGCAUUGUUUCCCCUCCCCACCGCUCGGCGUACUUUGCCUGGCGUCUAGAUGGGUUCGGUUGCCUCGCACUCGUAUGCGGGGCACGGCUGUGGUUCGAGACUCGCGGCCCCCCCCUCGUCUAGGGUGGGUAUUUGGCGUUGGUCGGCUCUUGUCUGCGGAGAAGCUCGUUCGUUUGCUCAGCCGUGUUUGUUUCUGUAGUUCUUUGUCGGGCGUGGCUAUGCAAGUAAGCGAGCGAGCGUCGUGUGUGGUGGUGGUGGGUGUUCGGAUAAGGGUGUUUUUUGUUUCGGGGCGGGAUGGAUUACUACGUACGAUACUAUACGAUAC